CCAUCAAAAGGUUCUAAAUUUCUAGUUUACUUUCUUGCUUCCAAACUUUCAAGGAAAGAAAGAAAAUGCUCAGUACUAAGAAGCUCAUCAAAAUGGCAAGGAAAUGGCAAAAGUUCGCGAUCAAGCAGAGAAAGAGGAUUCCACUUCCAAGAACUGGUAGUGAUGCAGACAGUUGUAGUACAUCUUCAUCCUCUAUCGCCAGGAAAGGCCAUUUUGUAGUCUAUACAAUUGAUCAAAGGCGUUUUAUCAUUCCAUUGGCUUACCUUGAAAAUGAGGUCAUUGGGCAACUCUUGAGCAUGUCUGAAGAAGAGUUUGGACUACCAAGUGGCGGUCCUAUUACAUUACCCUGUGAUUCAGCGUUCAUGGACUACAUCAUGUCACUGAUCAAGAAAGGUGUAACUGCUGGAGAUCUUCACAAAGCAUUGCUCCUCUCAAUUCCUUCAUGUUGCUGUUCAACUUCUUCUUUUCACCAAGAAAGUGGAAAUCAAGAGAUUCUUGUUUAUUGAGACAUGAAAUGGUCAUAUUUUGUAAAUGAUAGCUCAAAACAGAUUGUAUAGCACAUGAAAAAUAGGCAACUGAAAGUUGUAUUAUUACAGAUGGAAUAGUGCUUUAACAUUCUCAUCUUGUAGUCAGAGGCGGAGCUAAAAUUUCAAUUCUAUGGAUUCUGUA